AUGAAAGCCGCUCUAAUCGUAGUGGACAUGCAAGAGGACUUUUGUCCGCCGAACGGAGCUCUUGCUGUUCAAGGAGCUCGCGAUCUGGCUCCUACGAUAAACUCACUCCUAGCAAACCCCGGCUUUGCGGUUCGUGUUGCGUCUCAAGAUUAUCAUCCUCCGGACCACAUCUCUUUCGCGACGAACCAUCCGGCACCCAACAAUCGUCCCUUCGAGUGUAGCAUCACGAUGGCUAAUCCAGCUCCCGGGAGGGAGGCGGAGACCAAACAGCAGACACUCUGGCCUGCGCACUGUAUUCAACAAACUCCUGGGGCAGACAUCAUCCCUGAAAUCGACGUUGCCAAGAUUGAUUUGUUUGUGACCAAGGGUACGCACCCGCAUGUUGAGAUGUAUUCGGCGUUCGCGGAUGCUUUUGGGAAUCAGGACCCCGCGGUAGUAUCCGUUAAUGAGCAUCUACAAUCCUCCUUGACUGACAGGGGUGUCACGGAUGUUUUCGUUGUUGGAGUAGCGGGGGACUAUUGUGUCAAACACACGGCCCUUGACGCCGCGAAAGCAGGAUUUCGCAGUCAUGUUGUGCAAGAUGCGACCGAGUGCGUGGUGCCAGGGUCCGGAUGGGAGGAAACGAUACGCGAACUAGCUUCAGCUGGCGUACUGAUUGUUCGAUCUGACGGUCCUGAAAUUGCUAGCCUUUCUGGCCUUGCUUGA